AUGGAUGGGAGCCUUGGUGCCCACCCCGAGCGCAUACGAGUGCUCAGCCCUGCAGGCAGGUGCCCUCCCAGAUGCACUGCGGGAGUAGAGGGGACCCUUCCCGCCUGGUGUGGCAGAAAUCCCCGGGGAUGGAGGGUGCAGCGCUCACUGCAGUUGCCUCCUCUUCCCACUCCUGGCGAUGGAGACACUGGAGAGGGAGGGGAAAGGCUGCGGAGGGUGAAGCUGCCAACCGCAUCCCUUCCAGAUUCAGCUCUGAGGCUGCACAUGGCAGGAGGGGGUGACAGGAGGCUCACUCCUAGUUCUGGGUCCGAUGGGGCAGCAGAGACACCCCGGGGUGCACCCGGGCCCAGCCCCGGGGAUGGGAUGGCGGCGGGGGGGACACAUGCGGUGCAGGGGGUGACAGGGCAUCCCGCGCUGGGGCAGGAGCAGCAUCUCCCGCAAGAGGAGGGCGGCAAGCGGAGCCCGCCGGGGCUGGGGCUGCUCGCCAAGACCCCCCUGAGCCGCCCGGUGAAGAGGAACAACGCCAAGUGCCGCCGCGUCCAAACUUUGCUCUACGACGCCCUGGAGCGGCCCCGCGGGUGGGCGCUGCUCUAUCACGCCUUCGUAUUUCUGAUUGUCUUGGGGUGUUUGAUCUUAGCUGUCCUAACAACUUUCAAGGAGUAUGAAACGGUUUCAGGAGACUGGCUCCUCUUGCUGGAAACUUUUGCCAUUUUCAUCUUUGGAGCAGAGUUUGCCUUAAGGAUCUGGGCUGCUGGCUGUUGCUGUCGCUAUAAAGGAUGGAGGGGGAGACUCAAGUUUGCCAGGAAGCCAUUGUGCAUGUUGGAUAUCUUUGUGCUGAUUGCUUCAGUGCCAGUGGUAGCAGUUGGGAACCAAGGCAAUGUCCUGGCCACGUCUCUCAGAAGCCUCCGCUUCCUCCAGAUCCUACGGAUGCUCCGAAUGGACAGGCGGGGCGGCACGUGGAAACUUUUGGGAUCUGCCAUUUGUGCACAUAGCAAAGAACUCAUCACUGCUUGGUACAUUGGGUUCCUGACCCUCAUCCUCUCCUCAUUUCUUGUUUAUCUGGUUGAAAAAGAUGUGCCUGAAAAGGAUGCUAAUGGGGUGGAGAUGAAAGAAGAGUUUGAAACCUAUGCAGAUGCACUGUGGUGGGGUCUGAUCACCCUGGCUACGAUUGGGUACGGUGACAAGACUCCCAAGACAUGGGAGGGACGGCUGAUUGCAGCUACUUUCUCACUCAUUGGAGUGUCGUUCUUUGCCCUUCCUGCUGGCAUCUUGGGUUCAGGGCUGGCACUGAAGGUCCAGGAGCAACAUCGCCAAAAACAUUUUGAGAAAAGAAGAAAGCCAGCAGCCGAACUUAUUCAGGCUGCCUGGAGAUACUAUGCUACUAACCCCAAUAGGAUUGAUCUGGUUGCUACCUGGAGGUUUUAUGAGUCAAUUGUAUCAUUUCCAUUUUUCAGGAAAGAGCAAUUGGAUGGUACUGCCAGUAAUGUCAUGUUUAGUAGGGAGUCAUUCUUUGGAUCAAGCCUCACAAGAAAACUUAGCCAAAAGCUGGGUCUCUUGGAUCGGGUUCGUGGUACCAAUACUAAAGGAAAGCUAUUUACCCCUCUGAAUGUAGAUGCCAUUGAAGAAAGUCCUUCAAAAGAGCCUAAGAAUGUUGGCUUGAAUAAUAAGGAGCGUUUUCGCACAGCAUUCCGAAUGAAAGCGUAUGCUUUUUGGCAAAGCUCAGAAGAUGCGGGAACGGGGGAACCCAUGGCAGAAGAUAGAGGUGACAGCAAUGAGUUCCUCAUGGAAGAUAUGAUCCCCACGUUCAAGACGGCCAUCCGAGCUGUCAGAAUACUACAGUUUCGUCUCUAUAAAAAAAAAUUCAAGGAGACUUUGAGGCCUUAUGAUGUAAAGGAUGUGAUAGAGCAAUACUCAGCAGGGCAUCUUGAUAUGCUGUCCAGAAUAAAAUACCUUCAGACAAGAGUAGAUAUGAUUUUUACACCUGGACCUCCAUCUACUCCCAAGCAUAAGAAAUCCCAAAAGGGAGGAGCUUUUUCUUACCCUUCACAACAGUCUCCCAGAAAUGAUCCAUAUGUAGCCAAAGCAUCUACAGCAGAUACUGAAGACCAAAGUAUGAUGGGCAAGUUUGUUAAAGUUGAACGACAGGUUAAUGACAUGGGGAAGAAACUGGAUUUUCUUGUUGAUAUGCAUAUGCAUCAUAUGGAACAGCUGCAAAUACAAGUUGCUGAGAUAAGUCCAUUGAAAGAUACUGUUUCUUCUGCAAAGGAGAAGAGAGAAGAAAACAAAUACUCUGAAUUAAAAACAAUAAUAUAUAAAUACACUGAGCAGUGUACUCACGAAAAUCCUCAUAAUUUCCAGCAAGUUCCAGUCAACAAAGUCAGUCCUUAUGGUUUCUCAGCACACGGUCAUACGACUCGUUCACAACCUCUAUCAAUAGGUGGGCAAAACUCUGGCAAACUGCACGCCACACCUUCCUCAACUUCAUAUGCAGAAAGGCCAACAGUUUUGCCUAUUUUUACGUUAAUGGACUCCCAGGUUAGCUACCACUCCCAAGGAGACCUGCAGAGCCCUUACUCAGACAAGGUGUCUCCAAGGCAGAGGAGGAGCUUUACAAGAGACAGCGAUACUCCGUUAUCCCUUCUCUCUGUCAACCACGAGGAACUUGAGCGCUCCCCAAGUGGCUUCAGUAUCUCCCAAGACAGAGAUGACUUCCCUUUUGGCCCAAACGGGGGAUCCGCAUGGAUGAGAGAGAAACGCUACCUAGCAGAGGGUGAGACGGACACAGACACUGAUCCUUUUACACCAAGUGGCUCCAUGCCUUUGUCUUCAACAGGGGAUGGGAUUUCAGAUUCAAUAUGGACCCCGUCAAAUAAGCCAGUUUAAAAGUGUUUGUGGGGCAGUCACUGGAUGACUUCUCCAUGUAAUGUAAGCAUACUUUGUAUAUCUCACUUACUGUACACCCAAAGCUUACUAGUUCGAAACACCAAUGGCUGCAUAAGAUGCAUGUGGUAUUAGUGGUAGUCAUUCUGCACCAUUUCAUACAAUUUACUGAUGCAGUUUUUUUUCAUGCUACCAAAACUAAGGAGCUUAGUUUUGAGCAUGGUUUGCAUGACUUUACCCUAUAUAAAUGGUACAGCUGAAUUCUUCUAUGAUACAUAUCUAUCUGAUACUCUUCAAUACAAUAAUGGUGGAUUGAUAACAGGCAAGAUAUGAUGGCCCUUGCUACUUUUUGUAAACAGAGCAGCAAAGUCAAAAUAGUUUCAGGGGCCGUAUCCCUCUAUGGAAAUAAAUCUGAGUGUACAUUCCAGUGUAAGUAAAUCAACCUCUAUCCAAACUAGCCAAGCGCAUCCUACAUUCUAAGCAAGGAAAAAGCUGAGUCAAAAUAAAUGACCAUUCUGGAAUGAUUUUGUACGCUAAAUGUUUCUCACGUGGACUCACAUGCAUAAUUUAAAAAUGAUC